UAAACCGUUAUAACUCGGUGUAGCUUGAUGUAAAUAACUGAGACAUCGCGUCCAGCCUCCUUUCAUUCAUCUGCUGACAAAUAUGCUCUUAAUAAUAAGACUAUAAUGAGAGAAGAGAUGACAGCGACGAGUCAGAAGCUUCUUUAAACAGAGAAGAUGGAGGACGAGCUGGGUUCGGAGGAGGACAUCUUGCUGUGGUCAGAGAAGGAGUUCCACGAUGCUGCGAAGAGGAACGACCCCGGGAGAAUGCAGGAACUGAUCAAGAAGGGCGUGGACGUCAAGGCCAAAAAUAACAUCGACCGUAAAGCGCUGCACUGGGCAGCAGGAGCUGGGAACGAACAGGCUCUACGUCUCCUACUGGACCACGACACCGACGUCGAUGAGAAGGACACCUUUGGCAUGAAUGCUCUGCUUCUGGCCUCCUGGUUCGGUCACCUAAAAGUCCUCCAGAUCCUGGUGUCCUGCGGAGCGAAGCUCAACUCUGAAAACAAAGAUGGUCUGAGCAUGCUGCACUGUGCUGCCCAGCGAGGCCACAUCAGAGUGUUGGAGUUCAUCAUGGAGGACCUGGAAGACAUCUGUCUCGACAGAGUUGACAAGUCAGGGAAGACGGCGCUUCAUCUGGCUGCUGAACAUGGACAGUUUGAAGUGGUGGAGUUUCUGAUUGGAAUGGGCUGCGCACAUGGUUUAAAGGACAAGGAAGAGAACACAGCCAUCCAUCUAGCAGCGAGGUGUGGCCACACAGAGGUCCUGCUGAAGAUGGUGGAGACCGGAGUGGACGUCGAUGAGAGAAAUAUAGAUGGUCUCACAGCGUUGCACCUGGCAGCUGAUGGAGGUCACUAUGAAUGUGUCAAACUGCUGCUGGAGUCCGGCUGUAACGCCAACGCACAAACUAAUAGGAACAUGAAUGCUCUCCAUUACGCGGCUCAGCAUGGCUUUGACAGAGAAACCAGUCUGCUGCUGGAGGCAGGAAUCAACAGAGAUGCUGUAGACAAUCAACACAACACAGCGCUCCACCUAGCUGUGUUCAACAACCACACAGAGGUUCUACGGCUGCUAAUAGAUGCUGACUGUGACCUGGACAUCACUGACGGUAGACAACAGAGUGCGUUGCACAUCGCAGCAGAGUACGGCUGGCAGGACUUGGCUGAGAUGAUGCUAAUCUCUGGUGUUAACCUCAAUCUGACUGACAAGCAGGGGAAGACGUGUCUGGAGGUGGCGGCCAGAGGAAACCAAGUCAUCCUGGUCGACAUGAUCAUCAAAGCUGACCGGUUUUACAAAUGGGAGAAGGAUCAGAUGAGCCGUGAGCUGGACUCCUGGGUGGCGAGGCCUCUGAGCUUCAAGCAGGACCACCAGUCAGAGACGCAGCACCUCCGGUCUGUCCUGUGGAGCCUGGCCACCAAGCACCUGUGCCGCGGGGAGUGGAAGAUCCUGGCACAACACUGGGACUUCAGCGACGCACAUAUACGAGCUUUAGAACAACAGUGGACAGGUAUGAAAAGCUUCAAAGAGCAUGGUCACCGAAUGCUGUUAAUCUGGCUUCAUGGAGUGGUGAUGGCUUCGGAGAACCCGAUCAAAGGCCUCUACGAGGGGCUGGUGGAAAUCUCACGGACAGAUUUGGCAGAGUGCAUCCGGCAGAAGGCGAAUGCAGAGACCAGCUCUCCCAAAAUGUGCUCUGCAAUGUGAUCAACACUGUGAGUGAACGCGAAGGUAGUCUCACAUAGCCAAACCUACGUAUCUCCACAGUGCUGUGUCAGCACUAAAGAAAGGUAGUAUCAUUCUGCUAUAGGGGGAAAAAACACUUGUUUGUAUUUCUUUAAAACAAUCACAAUUGUCUUGGGGGGCGCUUACCACAGGAUGCAGCGACGGUGCCCUUGUAAGAUAACACAAAUCCACUUCACAUUCAUCUAUUUAACUGUAAAUGCCCAUGAAAAAGCUUUAUAUCAUCCAUAGCAUGACCUGUUUACAUAGUCACACAUUGAAUAUACCGUGAUUGUUCUGAGUUUAGUUCACAGAUAAUUUAUUUUAGGGUUAGGUAAAGUGAUGGUUGUAAACCUGUAAAAUACCUGGUGAAAAUGUAAAAUAUUAUUUGUUUGUUUAAUGCAUGCAGCGAACACCUGCUAGCACCACU